UAAUAGAAUGGGUGAUACAAAUGAACAAAACAGAGAUGAUGGCAAUGAAAAAACAAAAGAAGAUUACCCUUUGGUUCAAGAAGAUCCCAAGGCUACAUACCAUUAUAAUGCUAAAAAAUGCAUAAAAUGGACAGUUUCCGUGUGUAUGAUUUUAAUGAUGGUAGCAGUAGUAUGGGCGUUAGUUGCAUUUCCGUCACUCCCUUCUAAUUUUACGAAGCAAUCUAGCUCACCUGAAUCAUCGGCGAACCAAUCUGAUAAAACGAAAGCCAUAGACAGAACAUGUGCUUACAUCACCGAUAGGGAAUACUGGAAAUCGAUUCCAGAUAAUUUGGAUGAGUAUUGCAGACCAAAACAAGUUAUGGAUGGAACUAGUGGUUACCUGAAAAAAAGGUUUCAGUGUCCGGGAACCCAGCUAUAUAUCCCUCUUUUAUGUAUGUGCGACUAUAAUGUCACUUGCCCUAAAACAAAGAAUAGCUUGGUGUCUCAGACCGAACACUACAUGAAAAGACCUUGUAAAGAAUGUACGAGUCAAGAGUAUUGUGCAUGCCAAAACUUCGGCAAAUGUUAUAACUGCACUGAAAAAAUUAUGAAAUCCUGGAAGUGUUUGUGUAAACCAGGAACUGGUGGUACUUACUGUACAAAAAUUUCUAAAAGACUGUGUACUAAAUCCAAGAAAUCAAAUGGGUUGGAAAACUGUAGUAAUUCUAAUAACCUUGAGUGUGUUUUACGACUAGAUAAUCAUGACACAUAUGUCUGUAAAUGGAACGAAGCGAUGAAUGGUGAUUAUCCGAAUUGUGGACUGUCAGUUUCUACGUCUUCCUUGAUGAAAGGAGGAAUGUCGAGUUCAGAAGAAAUGCAUAAUUCAGAAACUUCUCAACUUACAACUACAAAUAUGUUGUUAUGGGCAAUAUUUGUACUUCUUGUUGUGGCGGUUAUAGGUCUUUCAAUUUUGCAAUUUUAUGGAACAUGUCAAACAUUUAUCAAGACACGUUGCGAAAAAUGUCAUAGCCUAAUGCAAAGUUGCUCUUUUUUAUAGACGUGUGUUUAUCUCCCACAUAAAGAGAGUUAUCAUUACAGUGAAACGUGCAUACAUUUUCAAUUUUGAUGUGGAAAUUGUGUGAAAUGUAAAUAUUUCAAGUGUGUAAUGAUAUCUUUCCCUUCGAGACAAUUAAAAUGUAAUAUUCAUAGGGCAAGGCUUUUCGAACUUUUUAAAUUAUUCAAUUCUAACUGUUGAGUGUUGUGAAAUAUCGUAAUGCACGAGUUGUAGUGGUGGAAUCUGUUUUUCUAAUGAUUUUUGUGCAAUCUUUUUCAAAGAUUUGUGGAAAAUUAUGUUCUUUAUAUGUGGCUUCCUCAGGCAUGGUCGACUUUUUUAUGACGUCACAAUAGGAAAUUGUAGAAGAAAUGAAGAAAAUUUGAAGUAAAAAUUAUACUUAUGACAAAUCAUGUGUCGAGAAAAAUUUUUUUUACAAGUGCAGGAGAAAUAUAAUUCUCCCACUGAUUCAGAAAUGAGAAAAUAACACAAAAUAAGAAAACACAGUUUUACAUUGACUAAAUUACAACUUAUAUAUUUUAAUUAUUGGUUGCAUUAUGAUAACACUUAUCUUUUCAUUUCUGUAUAUUAUGUGUUGGA